UAUUUUCUGAAAUGUGUUUCAGAAGAUGUAGAAUAUACUCUGAUAUAAAAUAAGAAAUAUUAUGUGGUGGGUAAUUAGACAAAGCAGCCAAUUUACCCCAGGGCCCCAGAUCUCUAAAGGGCCCCAAGAGUCCAAGUACACAAAUAAACAGAUAAAAGAAUAAAUCUUCAAAAAACUUUAAAAGGCAGGAAAUUAGACCUUAAAUUAAAAUUGUUGUGCAAUUGUAAUUUUAUUUGGGAAUAUACUUUCCAAAAGCACAGUCUCACCUGAUAUCAAAGCAGUUAUAAGGGGCCCAGCAGCUCAUUUUUGCCUUCAAGCAGAUUAACCCGGCCAUGCAGAGGUCAUGCUGUUACAUCCUCCUGUACAGCAGGUGGCGCCAUGUUCGUCUAAAACGUGGAGCGGAAGCGGAACUGUGCAGCAAGAACAGAGUUUUCCCUUCCGGGGUUAGGUUAAUUUAAGGUAAAUAAACACGCGCGAUAAUGACAUUGAAGUGAAAUUAUGUCAGUUGGUUUAUCUCAGCGCCUGUACAAUUAAAGUUACUUCUUCAGCAGGCGAGACACUGAACAACACUCCGGUCUAACGGGAAUAAAAGAAUGGCUUUUCCCUGUGUGCGACUGUGCACUCAACACAUGAGGACAGGGCUUCGAGUCUGUGGUUAUGCGACACUCAGUAAAGCAUCCAGACCGCAGGAGAAGAGCAGCAGUGGUCCGGUGUUCCAGUAUGUCGGCCAGCACAGAAAGCCCAACCACAAAGUGUUUGUGUGGGGCUUUAGCUUUACUGGUGCUCUGGGUAUCCCCAGCUUUGUAGUACCAGACAGUGGCAGGAAGAAGCCCCGUAAAUACCAGCUCACUCCUUACCGCCUGGAGACUGCAGAGCAGAUCUCUUCCGCUGCUUGUGGUUACGGCUUCACUCUCAUCGCCUCCUCCACCAAAGAUGUGUCCAAGCUUUGGGGAAUGGGCCUGAACAAAGACUCUCAGCUGGGAUUCCAACGCACCCAACACAGCCGCCAUCAGAGUUAUGACUACAUCUUGGAGCCGUCGCCGGUGGCGUUGCCUCUCGUCGAGCCUGUGAAAACCAAAGUGGUUCAGGUUGCGUGUGGCCGGGCUCACUCCCUGGUCCUCACUGAUCAAGAGGGAGUUUUCAGUAUGGGCAACAAUGCGUAUGGCCAGUGUGGGAGGCAGAUAGUUGAAGAUGAAGUCUACAGUGGCAGCCACAUCAUUCACAAGAUAGAAGGCUUCGGCAGCAGGGUCACCCAGGUGGCGUGUGGGCAGGAUCACAGUCUUUUCCUCACCGAGACAGGAAAAGUGUUUGCAUGUGGAUGGGGCGCAGAUGGACAGACGGGUUUGGGACACCACAGCGUCACCUCCACCCCGGUGGAAGUGGGAGGGGAUCUGGCGGGCGUGGAGGUGCGGCAGAUCAACACGUACGGAGACUGCAGCCUGGCCGUCUCCACAGAUGGACAGCUGUAUGGAUGGGGCAACUCUGAAUACCUGCAGCUGUCCUCGGUCACUGAGGCCACACAGAUCAACUCUCCUCGACGUCUUCCUCUGAAAGGCUGUGGGAAGGUGGUUCAGGCAGCAUGCGGAGGAACGCAGGUGGCCGUUCUCAACGAAAAAGGAGAGGUGUUUGUAUGGGGAUAUGGCAUUCUUGGAAAAGGCCCAAAGCUAUCAGAGUCCUCAACCCCGGAGAUGAUUCCCUCCACGCUGUUUGGACGCUCAGAGUUUAACCCUUCAGUCGCUGUCACCACGAUCAGGUGUGGCCUCACCCACUUUGCUGCAGUAACAGAUCGAGGCGAGCUCUUUGUUUGGGGGAAGAAUGUGAGAGGAUGUUUGGGCAUCGGCAGUCGAGACGACCAGUACUUCCCAUGGCGGGUGACUGUUCCGGGUCAAGUGGUGGAUGUAGCGUGCGGAGUCGACCACAUGGUGGCGCUGGUGAAGUCCCUCCUGUGAGCUCUGGUCCUUCCCAGCCGAGCAUGAAAGGCUGGAUGUUUGGCUGAGCCCCCGCCCCUCUCUCACCCCCCCCCGCUGACCCCCGGGCGCCUCAGGGAGCCGAUCAGGGCCGCUUUGGAGUCUUGAAGCCAGCUGCUCUCCACAGGCGACGAACCCUCGUGUCCCUCCGUCCUGCGGUGACGUCAAGCAGUGAGCAGCGCAGUCGAUUCUGCAGCGAAGUGUCACAGACACGGUUCAAUUUAUCCUGCAUGAAGGUCACACGGGACAGACAUCGAGGGAUAGUUUUAUCACAACCGCGGCUGAAACGAUUAGUCAGUCAAUUGAUUAAUUGAUUUAGCCAUUUCCCAAGCAAAAUAAUGAAAAAAUGCAAAUCAUUCUUUGGUUCUUCGGUGUGAGGAGCUGCUGUUUGUCUCGCAGCGUUAACUGGAUAUGUCUGAGUCUUGGACAAAACAAAACAAGGGAAGACGUCACCUUGGGCUUUGGACACAUUUUCACUAUUUAUUGACAUUUUAUGGACUACACUGCAGAUUAAAUGAUAAUGAAAAUACUCAUUUUCAUUUACACAGCCAUCAUUCAUAUCAGUUAUGAUAAUAUAGUCCCCACCAAGUUCAUCUGGGAACUAAAAAGGCAACAUUACUGAUUCAAAUUGAAGCCAAAAAACUAUGAAAAUAAGACCAAACCUGUAAUAAACUGGACAAGCUUUCUACCCAUCAGGUAGUUAACUCUGUAAAAUCAUGUUUUGUCUCCUCUGACAUGUUGUUGAUUUGCCGCUACACAAAAAUACUCUCUGUUCUCAGUGAAUUAAGUGAUUCACCGUGGAAUCAUCAGACUCUUGCAGUUUGAACAAUGUGUUGUGGCAAUUUAAAUCUCUCCCGGCCAAUCAAAGGCUUGUGUAACACUGGACCAUUUGAAAAGUCUGUGACAGCAAAACAAUCCACAAAAAGAUUAUCAUCUCCCUGCCGACUGCAAAUAGAGGUGAGGACACUCUGCCAGGGAGAAAACGGGUUUUGAAGAAUCAAUUUUACGACAUGAACUCGUGUCAUCAACGGUGCAUGAUUGUUGUGCAUAUAAAAGGUUUUUAGGAGCUGCGGAAAACUACAAACAUGGCAUCCUGACGGCCCGAAAAGAUCAAGCUGCUCUGACAUUUAUCGUCAUAUCAAUGAAAUGCAUCAAGAUUUUCAAUAUUAAGUGUUAUAUUUGGUCUGCAUGUGUUCCGAGGGUUAACUCACCCGCGGUGUUAGUUUGAUGACAAACUAAAUAUGCUUUAUCAAAAAAUUUUAAUAAGUUUGUAGAAAGUUUCCUGGGAGACACUGCAAUUAUAAGUGAGACAGAGUUAGUCAAUUAGUUCAGUUACAGGGUAAGACGAUUAAAAUAAUAAGUAAGAAUAACUUAUUCAAUAUCCUGUAACUAUAGAUGGUGAUAGUGACUUUACUCUGCAGGCAAAAUGAAGUUCCCUUUACUUUCUCUGUUCUGUUGAAAACAUCAAACCUGAGAUAUUGAAGCUGAGUUUCAAACUCAAUACUCAAAUAACAGUCUCACAGCUUUGUUGCUAUUUUCCUCCUGAUUAUUACCAAAUUACCCAGACUCAAGAAAUUAUUAGGAAAUCAUGGACCUAUAAAAUAAAGCGUCACAUUAUUAUUAUUCUAAAUCAUUUUCACUCUCUGUUUGGAUUUAAUUUAGCAGCUGAUCCUGACUAACUUCGUCUAUAACUGUAAUAGUUGAUGGGCAGUUUAAUUCUUACAGUACAGUGACUGUAGCUGAAGUCCGUGCUCUCUCCCUGGUUUGUUCUCUCCCCAUUGAGCUCCUGUGUUUUGGGCCAUUCAUCAUGGUGACAAGUCGAGGGCGCUCUGAGAGUAUGGAAAUAUAUUUAUGACAAAACUAUUCAGUGAGCAUAAAACAUACAACCUGAUUUUCUUCAGUUUUCCGCAGCUGUUUUGUCACACUCUGAGUAUUUGAGGGUAAUUGCUAGAAAUUUUUUGACUGACAUACUUGUGUUUGCACAAACCUGGUAUUUAGGGUCAAUGUUAUCUCAUAAAUGUGGCUGUAGCUUAACUUGUGGGUCAAACCCAACAAAUUCUUCUCAGUUAUCUUUAAAUUUAAUGAGCAAAGAAAACCCCCACUGCUUAUUCAGAUCAACUGCAACAAUAAUCCAGGUCUUUAAAGUCAAGGCAAGUUUAUUUAUAUAGCGCCAUUCAGACACGAAGCAAUUUAAAGUGUUUUACAGACGCAUGGAAAUGCAUUAAAAUAGAACAUUGAGAUGACAUUAAAAAAGCAUUUAAAGUGGAUUUGAACGAAUAAAAAUAAAAAUAUUUGAAGAAGUCAUAAAAUCAGGAGAGCAUUUUAAAAGAAUAAAAGAAGUGCUGCAGUGAUAAAAGACAUUAAAAACAAGCAAAUGCACAAGAUUAAAAAGUAUGUAUGUGAUUUAUUACCAAUAAAUGUUGUAAAUAGCGAUGUUUUAAAAACACCUACUGGUUCUGUCCUUGUUCAUUCACCAGACUUAUUGUGUUCUUAAAAAUGCUCAGUCCUGAGGAACCGCAGCGCCACAGCCGCGUUUUAACAGGUGCUUCUGUUUUGUUCCUGCAGUUUGUUUCAUGCUAUAUUCAUGCGAGGUAACACGUCAAUGGUCGUGGCAAAGAAGAAGAGUGUAAGCGAGCAAACAUUAAUGUAAACAAGGAUUCAAAACAUUUGUAUUUUUUUAAAUUGGCUUUGCAUUUGUUUCAUACAGAAGGAGAUGCACCGUCUCUUAGACCUCGAGGACACACACUGUGUUUUUGUUGAGGAACAAUGAACGUAAACACUUUGUUUGUUUACAGGAAAACUCCACAGGGCGUCUUUAACUCAUUUUCCACAAAGCCUUUUGAUGUUUUGAGUCAUUCUUCAAGCCUCGUGUUACACCUGAACGCCUCAUUCCUAUCAUUUGCAUUAAACUGAUGUGUUGACUGUAUAACAAUCCCAAUUCAAGGUCCUCUUACUACUAUCUGGAGCUUUCAACUGUAUCGCAGUAAGUACGUUUCCAUCCAACUGUGUUUAUGUGCAUUUUUAAUUUGCAGUGGAAUCGCUGAAAUUUUGCACAUUCAUUUGUAUUUUAAUUUGCAUUUUCUUCUGCUGUUUUUCUGGAAUAGGCACUUUGAGGACUUCUUGUUGAAGUUAACACGAAGCAAACUCCAUCCUCUGAUGAAGAUCCUGCAUGAAAGCUUCAGAGAAGGCCAGUAAGUGAACCUUGAGUUGUGACAGGUUCUUGUUAAACCACUGACUUCGAGGUCGUGAAUGAACUUUCGUGCUCCGUGGAUGUUGAAAACUGUGGAAAGUUUGAGCUUUAACACCCAGAAAUCUUGUGAGUUGACUCCAGUGAGCAGUACAUUAUGACUUGAGUGUGACACAGGAAAAUGUGUUGUUGUUGUUGUUGAUAUCCCACUAUCUGUGCAUCUGAACAGAAUGUGAAUUGUUCAACAGGGUGAAGUGAUGCUGUUCUAUUUGCUGCUCCACUGGAGUUUUGACUUGUAACUUUAAUUGUAGUGAGUGGGAAGUAAGACGUAAGUAAAGACCUUUACUGACGAGCCAGUGAGCCGCGCAGUUGAACUGCAGGGGGAUUAUGUAAGGAGAAAGAUGAUCAGGAGGGGAAACACUAACAUACCAUGUCUGCUCCUUUAACCCUGCUCUGCAGAGAGCGUUGCUGCAGCUGGAGCGGCCCUCCUCCUCCCUGAAGUGAGCUGAAGCAGAGAGAAGGCGGCGUGUGGAGGCGCCCGCGCAGGGAUACAAGGACCUGGCUGUUCUCUGCUUUGUUUACUCAGGUCAAAUAAUACAGACAACUGAUAUACCUGCAGUCUUCCCUGCUGUCAUCCAUUUGCUGCAGGCUGGAGCUGCAGGGAGGGGAUCAGCGGGGUCCAGUCCAGCAGUGAGGACACAGACAGAAGGGCAGGUGUGUGCAUUAAAUGUGAGUUUUCACAUAAAAGUUACACUUCAAAUCACACCAGCACUACAUCAGUGAAACCCCACUAGUGGCUCCUCGAGGCUGCAGUUACUCUGCACAAUAUGAAAGUGUUGAGCGGAUGAACGAGGAAGAGAUUUUGAUUGAAUCAGUUGGAGGUUUUGCUGUUAUGAGAAAGAUGGAAAAAGUCCAGAGGGGCAUUUAAUCAAGACUAUACAACAUUUGAGAGAAGAAAUUGCACAUUUAUUGUUUUACAAAUGAAAAGUUAAAGUCAUAAUCGAUAAAAACAAGUAGACUCCCAGACUUCCAGUAGACUCAGCAGUUUUGCAGCUACAGCCUUACUUGAUCUGGUGUUGCCACAAGCUCACGGGUAAUGAUAGAAAAUUUGCUUUAUCAUCAUAAAGUCAUUUUAUGACUCUUUAUGACUCUUCUCUUCGCUACUUGUGUUACUGUUACACAGAGUCUUAGCAUUAUAAUUCUGCCACUUGUGGACACAGUGGCUGCUCUUUAAACCUUAAGGCUUUAAAAUAAAACACGAGCGUGCUCAGUGUUAGUCUGGCAUGUGUCAACUCUCGCCUUCCUCCCAACACCUCACCCUAACACUAACCUGUACCUAACCUGAUUCCUUCUUCAGUCUAUGAGCGUCAGUUUAAGUGUUAUACAUUUUGUCCUCAGGCUGGUGGUAGAGAGAGACUGAAUGUUGCCUCUGGGGACCAUGGAUUUCACAUCAAUCUGCCCGUUAGAUUAGGAUUCCUUUAUAGACAUGUGCAUUUUGGCUUUAGAGAGAAAGGUUGAAGUAAAAACAAUCAACGUUUGGGGAGCAUGAAUAUUCACAGCAAAUUAAAUUUAAAUCUCACCAUCUUGCUGCAGUAUUAGCAUUUAUUUGAUUUAAUGAUUAUAAUAUUUUGUAGCUUUGAAAGUAUCUGUAUUUUUAACCAAUACGUCUCAUGAAAGAAAAGAAAAAAAGAUGUAUUAUGUUCUGCAGAUUAUAAAUAUCAUGAGUGCGUCACACCGCAGAGAGUUUAGAAAGUGUCUUCUCACUUGAGGAAAACAAGUCUCUGCUGGUUUGACGCAGCGCUGCUGUAACAAACAUUGUCAGUGGAAGUCAAGGCAUCAUCACUGCUGCUGUUUGUGCUUGGCAGGUUAUUAUAGGCACAAAAUGACUUGGCAGAUGAUCUUUCGCUUACAAUUUGUGUUGUGCUGUAUUAUUUAGUUUUUUUCCAGGUUGUGCCGAAACCUUACAGCUACUAUUCUGUUCCCUUGCCAUGGAAACAACGCUGCUUGUUAAAGGCUGAUAUUCAUGGUAUAUUAACUGUUAACUGUUAAUGUUUACUGUUAUAUUUUGAAAUACCAAAAGGUUUGAUUGGAUAAUGUGAUUGCUCUGAAGACGAUUUCACCAGUUUAUUGAUUGAAGAGCAGACUGAGUAAGAAGACAAUCCCCCCGUUGCAAAGUAAAGACAGUAAAAAAUGACAUGUGUAAAAACUGAACACGCGUCAAGCUCAAAAAAAAGCUUGUUUAUUUAUUUUUUUCCACACAAGAAGCUCCAAAUGAAAAGCUUUUAACAUUUUCUUUGAAAUGGAAUCAGAAGAAAUGUCACCUUCCUCAUGUAUUAACACUGAUAAAUACAGGGUUUCUACUAAUCAAGACUGAUCAGAAGAAAGGUUGCUGUUAGGUGCAAGGUAUCAUGAAAGAAAAAGAAAAAAAGAAAAACAUUAUCACCAAAUGCUUAAGACCAACAGAAAUCUCCCCAUCUGGACAGGAUCUUUCUAAAGUAAAUACCCUCCCCGUUUUCACAUCAUGACAGCAGGCCUGUGGGGGCGGGACCUGCAUUAAAGUGCAGACUGGGGCAGGGGAGGGGCAGCUUCAAGCUAAAGGGACACGAGGGCUCCGAGGGAAACGUCCCUCCCCCUGUGUGAAGCGUAGCUUAUGCUCAGCACACUCGCACUGUCAUUAUUGGAGUACAUUGUCAAAAGUGGCUCAGUAAUUUAUUACUACUGCAGAUGCAAACAUUUUUUUUCAUCAUUGCGUUUAUCGUCGGGUCUUUACUGCGGGUUCACACUGUGAGCAACGCGAUCAUCGAGUCGUUGAAAGAGACCAGAAAACACAGAUACACAAUAAGGCUUGAUCAGUCUUGAUUUAAAAAAAAAAAAAAAAAAAAAAAAAAGCAAACACAACUUAUACUAAACCC